UGACAUGCGGUAGCUGGUUUACCCAGAGAAAGGAAUUGAGGGUUGAAUUGGAUGCAGUUUGGCUGCGGUUCAAUAGAGGGAGCAGAGGAGCCGAGGAAAAAAAGCCAGAGAACGUGUCUCGCUCGGUGUGCGCGCCCGAGCCCGGGCCCUGGCCAGCCCGAGGAGGAGGGGCAGGAGGAGGGACGGCUGCCUGCGCUGCUCCACCCUCACUUUGUGUCAGCAGGUAGAGAGCGUGAUUGCAGUCUCAGGGGAGGGAGGCCGAGCUAGAACACCAAUUACAAACCACAGGCUUCCUCCUCCAGGGAGUUGAUCCAGAAUUGUCUUUCUGGAAGAGAAGCACCCGAAUCCUUCCGAACUUUCCAAAUCCACCCAUGAUUCAGAGACAUUGCCUUCUCCCUCUGGGAUUCUCUGUGCUCAAGGGAGUGAAGGGUUGCUUUGCUUCCUUUCUCUUUCAAGACUUGAUCAUUUUAUAUGCUGUUCCGGGAGAAAAAGAACUUUUGUUAGAAAGGAGAUUUCAGAAAUGACUUUGGAUCCUCUCUAAGAGUUUUUUUUUUUUUUUUUUUUUUUUUUUUUAGAAUUUCUGGGGACCAGUAGCUCUAACCCUGGAGUGAGUGUCUGCCUUUGACCUGCAUGGAUUAUUUUUUCAGGCUGUGGAAUUUCUCGGCACCUACCUGCAGUGUGGGGCGCUUGGUCUGGUUGCAGAGUAAGAAGGUGGAAGAAUGAGCUGUGCUUGGUUAAACGGUUGAAAUCUGUUCUGAGCGGGAUCUAUAAAAGCAUAAUUGAAUUUGUUUCACCCCCGUGGAUUCCAGUGGGCCCGACAGCGCAACAGUGGCUCUACAACGUGAUGCAUAUGGAAGACCAGCACCAAGAGAUCUGACAUAAAAAAUAUAUAUAUACAUACAUAUAUAUAUUCAGGAUGUGACAAUCAAUCUCAAGCAAAGUUGGAAAUUCCACAGAGAAGUGGCGACACCUUACUAAUAAUAGUGAAGAUGGGAGAAAAGGACAUGCCUGAAGCAGAAGUGGGCUGAGAGCACCCUCUUCCCCGCCAGAUCAGGAAGGCCACCUGCUCUUGGGAAUAUACUUUAGGAAAAGGAAGGGCCGAAACGAUGACUUGGGUUUCUGAAGCCGAAGCGUAAAUCCUCUCGCCCUUCGUUUGCCUGGACCUGAGAAUCUGCAUCUGGUGUCAGCUGGUGGGAGCAGUAUGUACGGCCGAGGUGCAUCGCUGCAGCUGGUAGCAUGAGCGGUGGCCACCAGCUGCAGCUGGCUGCCCUCUGGCCCUGGCUGCUGAUGGCUACCCUGCAGGCAGGCUUCGGACGCACAGGACUGGUUCUGGCAGCGGCGGUGGAGUCUGAGAGAUCAGCGGAGCAGAAGGCUAUCAUCAGAGUGAUCCCCUUGAAAAUGGACCCCACAGGAAAACUGAAUCUCACCCUGGAAGGUGUGUUUGCCGGUGUGGCCGAAGUAACUCCAGCAGAAGGAAAGUUAAUGCAGUCCCACCCCCUGUACCUGUGCAAUGCCAGCGAUGAUGACAAUCUGGAGCCUGGAUUCAUCAGCAUCGUCAAGCUGGAGAGUCCCCAACGGGCCCCCCGCCCCUGCCUGUCUCUGGCCAGCAAGGCCCGAAUGGCAGGUGAGCGAGGAGCCAGCGCCGUCCUCUUUGACAUCACCGAGGACCGAGCCGCUGCGGAACAGCUGCAGCAGCCGCUGGGGCUGACUUGGCCAGUGGUGUUGAUCUGGGGUCAUGAUGCCGAGAAGCUGAUGGAGUUUGUGUACAAGAACCGGAAGGCCCACGUGAGGAUUGAGCUGAAGGAGCCCCCGACCUGGCCAGAUUACGAUGUGUGGAUCCUCCUGACGGUGGUGGGCACCAUCUUUGUGGUCAUCCUGGCUUCAGUGCUGCGCAUCCGGUGCCGCCCACGCCACAGCAGGCCGGAUUCCCUUCAGCAGCGAACAGCCUGGGCCAUCAGCCAGCUGGCCACCAGGAGGUACCGGGCCAGCUGUAGGAGGACACGGGCUGAGUGGCCAGACUCGGAGAGCAGCUGCAGCUCAGCUCCUGUGUGUGCCAUCUGCCUGGAGGAGUUCUCUGAGGGCCAGGAGCUGCGAGUCAUUACCUGCCUCCACGAGUUCCACUGUGCCUGCGUGGACCCCUGGCUGUAUCAGCAUCGGACUUGCCCCCUCUGCAUGUUCAACAUCGUAGAGGGAGAUUCAUUUUCCCAGUCCCUGGCACCCUCUCGAUCUUACCAGGAACCAGGCCGGAGACUCCACCUUAUUCGUCAGCAUCCUGGUCAUGCCCACUACCACCUCCCUGCUUCCUACCUGCUGGGCCCUCCCCGGACUGCAGUGGCUCGGCCCCCACGACCUAGUCCCUUCCAACCCUCCCAGGAGCCAGGCACAGGCCCCCGGCACCACCGCCUCCCCAGAGCUGCACACCCCCUGGCUCCAGGUGAGCAGCAGCAUCGGACAGCGACCCAGCACCCCUUUGCGCAGAGCUGGGGUCUGAGCCGCCUUCAGUGCACUGCACAGCAUCCUGCCGCGUGCCCGGCACCCUCACGCCGGGCCAGGCCUCACGACAGCAGUGGGUCUGCGGAAAGCUACUGCACAGAGCGCAGCGGCUACCUGGCAGACGGGCCGGCCAGCGACUCCAGUUCGGGGCCCUGUCAUGGCUCUUCAAGUGACUCCAUGGUCAACUGCACGGACGUCAGCCUGCAGGGCAUCCACGGCAGCAGCUCCACCUUCCGCAGCUCUCUGAGCAGUGACUUUGACCCCUUGGUGUACUGCAGCCCUGAAGGGGAGCCCCCGGGGGAGGAGGCUCAGCCCAGCGUGACCUCGCGGCCUCGCUCUUUGGAAUCGGUGGUGCCCAGAGGGGAAGCCCAGGUUUCCAGCCACGUCCACUACCAUCGCCAUCGGCACCACCACUACAAAAAGCGCUUCCAGUGGCACGGCCGGAAGCCUGGUGCUGAAACGGGGGUGCUCGAGUCCCGGCCUGCUGUUCCUCGGACACAGCCCCAGCCGGAGCCCUCCUCUCCUGAUCAGCAAGCUGCCAGAUCCAAUGCAGCAGCCCCGACCGGGCAGCUCCCCAACCCGCCACAGCCCAGAGCCCUCCCAGAGCCAGCCCCAGACCUAAAUGAUGCUGCCCGCCCCAGCCCCAGCCCCAGUCCUGGCAGCCUCUUCCACCUGCAGAAAUCGGGCUUUCCUGUCCGACACCCUCAGAGGAGACGGCGGGGGGCUCCCUCAGAACCUACCCCAGCCUCUCGGCCCCAGGACUUGACUGUACACCUCACUUGCCAGAUUUCCCCCCAUUAUGACCCAAGCCUGGCAUACCCUUGGCCCCCAGAGGCCCACCCAUUGAUCUUUGGACCUCCGGGCCUAGAAAGGAGGACGCUACCAGAAACCCCAGGCGCCUGUUACUCAAGUUCACAGCCAGUGUGGUUGUGUCUGACUCCACGCCAGCCCCUGGGACCACACCCACCUGGGGAAGGGCCUUCCAGAUGGAGUUCUGGCACCCUAGAGGGCAGGCCAUGCCCUUACCCACACUGCCAGGUGCUGCCAGCCCAGCCUGGCUCGGAGGAGGAGCUGGAGGAGCUGUGUGAACAGGCCGUGUGAGAUGUUCCGGGGUAAUUACCUCCAACCAAGAGUGUGCUCUGGAUGACUCAGGGCCUACCUGGCACAGAGUCCUGCUCCCGAGAGAAGAAAGGAUCUCAGAAAACACCCCUCUUUUCGCCGUCCUUUCUGGAACCAUUGGAAGGGGAGCCGGGAUGGUGGGUGGCAGGAGGUCUUGUUUCCUGCUCCCAGCCCCAGAGCUUGUCCGCAGCUCACAUGUGCAGGGCAGCACGUCUGUGUCCGGGAGGGAACCAGUUAUACGGCCUGUGUGGGCUGGCUUCCCGGAAGGCUGUGUUUCUGAGAGCAGGAAGCUCGGUAUGGGUAGAUAGGUGUUAUAAAGGUGCUGCUCCUUCCCCCAGCCCCAGCAGGUCUCCCUCAUCCCAAGCCUCAUGUUCAUGCCAGACAACGUGUCCAGCCGAUUUCAUGACCCCCUCCUCGCCUCCUUUCUUGGGCGAGUCCUGCACACCCGUUUGGCUCCCCCUUGGGUAAGGCUGCUGCAUCAGCGCCAACCUUGGCUCUUAUCGUUUUCCUUUUAUGCAAAAGGAUCAAGAGCUGUGGUGACCCCUGAACCCUAAAAGCGGUGCGGGAUGGGAGGACUCUUGGCAGUCCUCGCCCCAGUACAUAAGGGAAUGUGUUUCUCCCUUCUUGUCCUUAAUUUUCAGAUACAUGAUAUUAAGUCAGAAGGGAGGCUCUGGGAAGCCAGAGUAUGGGGUUCUCUCCCUGAGGUGGAGCUUCUGACCUCCAAGCUUCUUUGUCACUCCAGCAGCCCUACGCCCCCCCCCCCCCCCCCCCCCGCAUUUCUCCAGGAGUUGGGGGUGGGGGGAUGGGAGAGGAUAACUUCCUUGGAGAUCUCCCAUGUCAAAGUCCCAAAGUGGACGGAACGAAGAGGAUUUCUGUUGGACUUCAUCUAGAAAGAGGGAAGAUGGAAUAAAAGUAGAGAAGGCAGAAAGACAGCUGAACAAGGACAAGGGAUUCUUGUCUAGGAGUCUUCUCUCAGAGUAGGGAUAGGGAACAGGAGAGAACAAAGGAACAGCAGAGUGUGACCGUUGGGUUUAGAUGUCCCCAGAGGCUCACUUCCCAGUAUAAGCCAUACAGGCCAGGGGACACACGGAAAGGCGUGAGUGCAGGAGUAGAUUUCGAGCAGGAAGUCUGGUCUGAGUAGCUGGUACCGAUUGGGCAAGGGCUGAGGGGCCUCCUUGGGGUGACAUUCACCCCAGGGCAGCCUGACCAUUGCUGGCCCCUCAGGCAUGAUCCCAUUUGGAAUGUGAAUGUGGGAGCAGAGUGGGCACAGGACCCCCCCCCCCCCCCCCGGGAAUGUUCUUCCUGCAGUCAGUGGGGAACUGGUACUGAGGCACCCACAUGGUUAUUUAUAUCUGAACCAGACAGAGAGACGCUUGAAUCAGGCACUAUGUUGAGAAAUGUAUUUAUUUGCUAAUAUAUUUAUCCAUAAAUGCA